UUAUGUUAUGUUCAGCUUUGGAGUUCUCGCGUAUGUAUUUUACUGCGUAAAAUUUGCUGGCGAUUUUUAAAAUAACUAAAGUCAUUUGUGAUUUUCGUGUUUUUGUUGGACCCACGGGGAUUUCUAGUUUGCUUACACCGAGCGCGUAUAAGACGGAUUGGAGUCCAGUCAAUUUAUUUUUUGAGAAUCCAUACAAAGGCUCGUUACAACUUACAAGAGCUUUAGAAUUUCGAGUAGAUUUCUGAAUACGAACGGAGAAUAUGAGUGUACGAAACAUCAGCACUACAGGAGCAUCAGCUGCAACUGCUAGACAAGAUCGCUUACCCGCUGGUGUUGCUAGUUCUGAGGCCAUGGCUGAACGUGACGGCAGGUAUAUUCAAGCAUACAAAGAAAUUAUUCACGAAGUUGGUAGAGAGUUAAAUAUUGGACCUUCACUCAUCGCUGCUAUUAUAUCACGUGAGAGUCGUGGUGGAACAGCACUAAAGGAGGGCUGGGGUGACAAUGGUAAUGCAUUUGGUCUUAUGCAGAUUGACAAACGUUGGCAUACGCCACGUGGUGCUUGGAACAGCAAAGAGCAUGUGGGUCAAGCCACAAAUAUUCUUUGUGAUUUCAUUCGUUCGUCAGACAAUCCUUUCCGUCAUCACCCUGAUCAGGGUUUAAAAGCUGCUAUCGCUGCGUACAACGCUGGUUUCAAGAGAAUGUCGAAAAAUUACAACGAAAUUGAUAAUCAUACAACUGGGCAGGAUUACUCCAACGAUGUAGUGGCCAGGGCCCAAUAUUUUGAACGAAAUGGUUUAUAAUGAUAACAGGUCUUGCUGAUUUUGUAACAGAGAAUUUGAGUGAUUGAAUAAUGUACAAUGAUUAUGCCUAA